AUGGGUCGUACCUACCACAUGAACCCUCACUACCCGUUGACAGCGGCAAUGUUUGAUACGAAUGACCUUCUGCGGUUUGACCUUGAAAACCCGGAACAGGUAGUUAUUAUACCAACUAGGUACAACAGUCGUAUCAGUAUGGAGAGAGACAUCAACGAAAUCGUGGAAAAGAUGAAGGAGAGCCGCGAGCGAUUCUUGGAAAUGGGGAGGGAGAAAACCCUCUCCCACAGCCAAGUGCGCUCGACCCUUCUGGUAGCAAACUACAUUGUGGAAGCAAUGAAUGUCAUCGUCAAAAGAUACUACCUUGACAGAGAAGAGGGCCUUAGGGUCAGGGAGCAGCGCGAGCACGCUGCGGUCCGGGAUACUGGCAUGACCAAGCUCUACAAGCAUAUUGCCAUCACGUUCAGAUACAACAUGGACCUCCGCGAGAAGUGGUUUGCCUUCAAGGUGGCCCAGCGUAACCGGCAGAUGUACGAUGGUCUCGACAAGCUGAAGAGAUACAGCGUCGAAGCGUUGUCCAUUUCUAACGGAAACGAACCCCUUUGGGGAACAACACUUGACUAA